AUGGCUCUACCUACAGAGCUACUCCUGCAGAUCAUCGAGGAGGCUUUAAACCCAAGCGAACCCUAUGCUGACUACCAUGCUAAGGAGGCGCCAGUACCGUGGGUCAGAUAUUCCGGCAUCCCUCUGAUAUUUUCCUGCAAGCGGCUCUAUGUCCUAGGACGGCCGAUAGCCGUCCGCUAUUAUACAUUCGAUAUCUCCCAGCUUCCAAGCCGUGGAAUCUAUCUACGAUACCCCCCAAAACCUUGGCACCAGCCUCGUUAUGACAUAUUUCAGAGGCUUUACGUGCGAACUGAUAUUCUGUUUGACCCGAGCUGGUUCAUUGAACGCGUCACAGUGACCGGACAGUAUUAUAAGUGGAAAGAAGAGGUCUUUGAAGUAGUUGACGGCGCUUGCCCUGGCUUUAAAGUCCCUAGAGUCUUGACCCAUGAUGAGAUGAAGCUGAAAGAGGAGUACGAAAGUCAGGAGAAACUUCUAUAA